CGCACCGUAGGUUGGAUCACACAGCUUGUUGUCGACACCUCCGAGCGUCGGCAGUCGAUUGCGACUGUCCUCCUCCAGCGUCUGAAGGCUUCUGGCUUGUUUGACUCGGUCACGGUAGUCGGGCUUGCCUCGUCCCAUCCUGCUGCAUGCGCUGCUCUUGCUAAGCUUGCCGGUGCUUGUAUCAGCAUCGUGGAUACAGGUUUCAUUGCUGAGAAUGCCCGGAACGUGCUCAGUAGUACGACGGUUGACUAUUUGAAAUCUGCCAAGCUCCACGGUAGUCUUUUCGGGGGCGACUUCGUACCGGGCACCGUAUCCUUGGUCUUUACAAACUUUUAUGUUGAUCAUGAUGAGCCUCUGGCAGCACUCAGGGAGGUCUGUGAGCAUAGAACCUGGUGUCUUGGUGACCUUCUAGAAGGUCAUGAAUUUAUAUGCAUGGCUCCCAUGCAAGCACCCUCUCUGGUUGCUCCUACAGUGCCGUUGGGUGGAGGUGAUGUGAUUCCAGUAGGGACUCGUCAUGUUCACUUCCAAGGUUGUCUUUGCUUUGUAAUUGCUUUCCUCCUGGUGUUGUUGCUUUGCUAUGCCGAAACCUAA